AUGUCAAAAUAAUAUCGUGUAUGUAACAAGAAACAUAAAUUUAAUUUAAAAGGGAUCUUGUCAUACCCUUAACAAUUGUUGUUUGGAAAAAUACCUAAUUAUUUUAGAAGAAUAACUUAAAAAUUAGAUGAAAAAUAGGUUAAACAAGUAAAUUUGUCUGAUAAUCAUAUUUGUUAUAUGAUAAAUGAGGAUAUAUGUGAUGUAUGUUGGAAAUUCAUGUAUUAAGGAUUUUAAUGUUAAAAAUGCAAUACAUAUAAUUACCAUAGUUCAAGAGAAAAAAAAAUAUGUUGCUUAUGUAAGGUUGCUUAUUGUUUAAAAUGCGUUAGAAGAGUCGAUUUAUUUUCUUAGAAUGGAUUAUGUACAUUUUGUUAAUUGCGUCAUUCAGAAUGUACUAGUUCUAUAAGAUAUUUAUUCUCUUUGUUUGUUGCUUUGAUAUUUCCUUGGUUAGCCUUUAAGUAUCAAGCAAAUAGAUUAAAUGAAACAUUUGAAAAAAUUUAGUAUACAAAUUUAUAGAAAAUAUUUGGUUUCUCAUCUUUUGUGAUAAUGUUUCCAUUAAUAUAUUGCAUAUGUUUAAUUGGAUUUAGUAUUAUUUUAAUUUGUAAAGGAUUUAAUUUGAUAAUAGUACCUUUGAAAAAAUAUUAUUUAUAGAAAAAAGUUAUAGAAUGA